AUGGAAACACAGGAUGAGGAGAAGCGGAGAUUCGAGAUCGAAUGCGAGUUUGUGCAAUCUUUGGCCAAUCCGAAUUAUCUCAAUUUUUUGGCGCAACGCGGAUAUUUCAAAGAGGAUUAUUUCGUGAAUUACCUACAGUAUCUAAUGUAUUGGAAGAAGCCCGAAUACGCGAGAUGUCUCAAAUUCCCCCAAUGCCUCUUCAUCCUCGAAGCACUUCAGAGUCCUCAAUUCCGCGAAGCGAUGGCAUUCCCGCAUAAUGCGAAAUUUGUCGAAGAUCAACUCGUUCUUCAAUGGCAAUACUAUUUGAGAAAGCGUAGUCGUUUGUGCGCGAAUCCCGAGCAACAGGCGAAAUCGGAAGAGGAUGAUGAGCAGGAGGAGCACAAUAUGCAGCAAUUCAAAAAUGUCAAGAGCAAAACCAUCAAAACUGAGCCAAAAGAACCAAAAGAGACAAAAUUGAAGCGUUGA